UGGAAGAGUUCCUCAGCCUCGUGUUUGAAGCAGUCAGCUGAGCCCAACUUGUGCGGACGCGGCUGUAACCUCGUACAACAUGCAGGAUCACAGCGCAAACGUUUAACCCUGUGCACUUUUUGUCAUUCCAACGUGUACAGAAAACAAUCUAGUCAAACACCGUUUCUUUUAAUUCCAUUUCGAAGAAUACCGAUUUGGAGGCUGUUGCACAGAGGUUUGGAGGUGCAUGUGACAGCUCACACCAUUUCUGGGGACUCUGAGUAUGGCUUUAGCUGGAUGCCCAGACUACUUCCCCCAUCAUCCAAACUACCAGGGCAAUGUUGACCGCACCCCCUCUCGCAGGCCAUCAAAUCUCAUCGGUUCAAGCUUCCAGCAGUCGUCCAAUCGGAAUUCUCUUAAUCACCCAGAGGAUGAUGUAGAUCUGGAGGCUCUGGUGAAUGACAUGGCCUCUCUUUCUUCCUAUGAGAGCAUCUAUGCAACCUGUGGCACCCAGCAUGCGGACUCAGCCCCCCUCUUGCACAGCACUGAUGGCAAUGGACUCCAUGGCAACAGAGUGGCCCCACUGCCACGGGCCCCUAGUAAUAAAGUGACCGCCCCCCACACUCCUGCCCACAAGCUCCGGCGAUCACAGCCAAUGCACAUACAGGCCGUCAGGCGACUUCAGGAAGAAGAGUUGCAAGUUCGUCCAGCGUCUUUGCCAGCAAUUCCGAACCCGUUCCCUGAGCUCUGCAGCCCCUCUGGAUCUCCUGUGCUGAGUCCUGGAUCCCUGCCACAGCCAUCGGAGCCACAUAUCAUCAAGGUUUUCAGCGAAGAUGGUGUGGGAAGAGUUGUGGAAGUCACGGCCGACAUGACGGCCAGAGAUGUGUGUCAGUUCCUGGUCUACAAGAACCACUGCCUGGAUGACAACUGCUGGUCUCUAGUGGAGCAUCAUUCUCUGCUUGGUCUGGAAAGGUGCCUAGAAGAUCAUGAACUGGUUGUUCCUGUGCAGGCCUGCAUGUCUCCAGAAAGCAAGUUUCUCUUCAGGAAGAACUAUGCCAAGUACGAGUUCUUCAGAAACCCACUGAACUUCUUUCCGGAGCAGAUGGUAGCGUGGUGUCAGGAAACGAAUGGCUCUAUCCCACCGUCACAGCUCUUACAGAAUUUCUUGAAUUCCAGCAGCUGUCCAGAGAUCCAGGGCUUCCUUUAUAUGAAAGACACAGGCCGCAAGUCCUGGAAAAAGCUCUAUAUGUUCUUGCGCCGUUCUGGAUUGUACUGCUCUACUAAAGGAAUGUCAAAGGAGCCAAGGCACCUGCAAUUACUGUCAGACUUAGAGGACAGCAAUAUUUUCACUGUGACGACGGGCAGAAAGAUGCACAACGCGCCCACAGACUACCAAUUCAGUAUUAAGCCGAGUAAGGGCAGGACAGAACUGAAGGAGCUGAAGAUGCUGUGUGCCGAGGACGAGCAGAGCCGAACGUGCUGGAUGACUGCUUUCAGACUCCUCAAGUUUGGAAUUCUCCUAUAUCAGAACUACAAGAGCCCACUCCAGAGAAAGACGGCCAUAUCAAACUUCACCACACCUGUGCGGAGUGUGUCUGAGAAUUCACUGGUGGCCAUGGAUUUCUCAGGAAGGACGGGUCGUGUGAUUGACAACCCUCUGGAGGCUCAGAGCGCUGCCAUGGAAGAGGGACACACUUGGAGAAAACGGAGUCAGAGAAUGAAUGUUUUGGGAAGCCCCAGUCCUCUACAUCCCUCGCCGUUAAGCUCAGUGAUCCAUAGGACACAGUUAUGGUUCCAUGGCCGCAUUAUGAGAGAGGAGUCCCACAGGAUGAUUAUGCAGCAGGGCCAAGUUGAUGGGUUAUUCCUGUUGAGAGACAGCCAGAGCAACCCGAAAGCAUUUGUUCUCACGCUGUGCCAUCAUCAGAAGAUUAAACACUUCCAGAUUUUACCUUUUGAGGAAGAUGGCCAGGUCUUUUUUAGCCUUGAUGAUGGCUCUACCAAGUUCACAGACCUGAUCCAUCUGGUAGAGUUCUACCAGCUCAACAGGGGCGUCCUGCCCUGCAAACUCAAACAUCCCUGCACCAUGGUGGCCUUAUGACCCCCUCCAGAUCCUAACGAACAACACACACACACAAAUAAAAGUAACUGAGAAACUGGAGUUU